AUGACUUCAGAGCAGACAACCUGGCCAAUCGCUACUGUUACUCGUCCACCUUCGAGCACCUAUUCAUCAAGCAGGUCCGCGUCUAUAGUUCCCAUUAUUGGUGGUGGACAUACUACAAGUGCGGCUGUGCUUGAUUCUCAAACAACAAUCGUGCCAAUUACUAGGGGCCAUGAAACUAGCACGGCCGUUUUCACAGCCACCGAGGUUGUUACCGCAGAUAAUUCGGAGCCCACGGCUGCAUGGGGCUGUGCUUCAGAUGACAUUUGUGGUGUCUGUGAUGUUCCCCUGCUUUGUCCAUUAGUCGCUGGCUGGGGUCUCAUCGGUGGAUGGAUACCAGUUACAAAUCCUCUUCUACCAGGUGGCCCAGUCCCUCUUUCACCUGGUGGUCCAGUCCCUCCCCCUGAACUAUUCGAACCCCCGGUUGGUGACACUACCACGUCGACAACCAUAUCCACAACCACAACUACGACCUCCAGUACAAGCGGCACCCCGACCCCUACGAUGCGGCUUUGCAUGUCCUAUAUUCAAGAGGGUUCAAUAGAGCCCACCCAGACACCGACUGCAACACCGACUACCACCCCCUCCUCUAAGAUGCGUCUUUGCAUGUCCUACGUUCAAGCUGAUGCGCCUUUGUAUGUCCUACGUUCAAUCUGGUUCAAUCGAACCCACCCAAACACCAACUGCGACUCUGUCGACGCGCACUCCCAGUUCUUUUGCUACAAGCUUGGCAUCUACCACAAGCUCGUCAAGCAUCAGAAGCUCGAUAGCCGCAGGGAGCUCAUCAGUUAUCAGAAGCUCGUCAAUCGCCACAAGCUUGGUAACCACCACAAGCUUGCCACCACAAGCUCGGCAACCACCACAAGCUCGGCAACCACCACAACCACAGAAAUGCCUGCUGCUACGCCCGAGGUUUCUCUUACCACUGUGAACGCCAGAGGAAAUGGAACCACUAUCCACAACGAGGUCGGUUGUAUCUCUGUCAACCAACAAAUUCUAUGCAACGGCUGGACACAGUCCACCAUACGCACCGAUUCGGACACUACUACAGUGAAGAUAUACGCAAAGUUUGAUGGCAGUAAUUUGGAGCACAAAUUCAUCCGACCUGGCUGUGAACUCACUGCUAGCUGGCCGUCCUUCUAUGGCGAUGUUUACUUCAAAGGGGACGACUGCCUCUAUGACGGUGAAGACAAAGCCAUCGGAUGCUGCACCCAGCCCGCGCUGGAUCUCGUUCCAAACCCAUACGCACAUGUCUGUGAGAGGAAAUACGAAGUCUGGCAUGAUUCGUUCACAAUCUGGACCGAGUCCUUCCCCAACGGUAAUGAAGAUGAUUUAAGAGCUGGUGCUGACGACUGUGGUAUUGUCACUGACUGGAAGGUCGACUUGGAUUACCAUGACGAGAAAGGAGGCGACUAA